AUGUACAAGCACUCUUUGGCUACAAUUUUCUCGCGACCAUUCCACGGAUAUCGCUUUUCAGCGCAACCCCACCAGACAACCCCUCUUGGUUUAUGGAGUGGAGCACAGGAUCCAACUCUUCAUUCCAUCAAUGACUCUUCUGAUCAAAUGAUGCGUUCCUUAUUUCAAGGAUACAGUCCUAUUUUCAAACCUCAUUAUCUGGGGUGGGAGGCAGAAUCACUGCUGCGCCUGACUCCUUCCCAGCAAAUGUGCUACUACGAUGGCAAAUUGUUUGGUGGAUAUAUUGCCUUCCUGAUGGACCGUAUUCUUGCCGAUUGUUGCAAACGUGACAAACCAGCCUUCACUGCCUACCUGAACACAUCGUUCAUUCAAUCCGUUCAACCAUCAGCACCAAUACUUCUCCGAGCAUGGCCGGAAAAGGUCGAAGGUCGCAAGGUUUUUCUCAAAGGUUCUAUACAAAUCCCUGGAAAGGCACCUCAUGAUUGGGUUGAUGCUAUUCGGACAGACGCGCUCUUCAUCAGGCCAAAGCCCUGA